AUGGAAUCAAGCCGUUCAUGUGUCGCAAAUGUGGGAAAACUUUUGCAGUUAGGGGAGAUUGGAGAACACAUGAGAAGAACUGCGGGAAGCUUUGGUACUGCAUUUGUGGUUCGGAUUUUAAGCACAAAAGAUCACUCAAAGAUCACAUUAAAGCUUUUGGCCACGGACAUGCAGCUUAUGGUAUCAAUGGAUUUGAAGAAGAUGAUGAACCCGCAUCAGAAAUCGAGCAAGAUGAUGAUGAGAAUUUAUGAUCCUAGAUAA